AUGUGCUACACAAGUCACAUUUUCAUCAGCACUGACCCAUACAAAACUAUUNCUGUUUCUGGUUCAAUAAUUUUAGCAGGUGUUUUAUUAAAAUUAGGGGGGUAUGGGUUAAUACGUUUAAUAUCAAUUUUUUUAAGAAUUGGUGUAAAAAUUAAUAUUAUAUUUAUUUUAAUUAGAUUAUAUGGGGGGCUAUUAGUUUCUUUAAUUUGUAUUCUUCAAAUUGAUAUUAAAUCUUUAAUUGCUUAUUCUUCAGUAGCUCAUAUAGGUAUAGUAUUAGGGGGAAUUAUAACUUUAACUUAUUGAGGUAUAUGUGGGGCUUUAGUAAUAAUAUUAGCCCAUGGUUUAUGUUCAUCAGGAUUAUUUUGUUUAGCAAAUAUUAAUUAUGAACGAUUUUCUAGACGAAGAAUAUAUUUAAAUAAAGGAAUAAUUAAUUUGAUUCCUAGAAUAAGAUUAUGGUGAUUUUUAUUAAGAAGAUCAAAUAUAGCAGCUCCCCCUUCAUUAAAUUUAUUAGGAGAAAUUAUAUUAAUUAAUAGAUUAGUUAGAUGAAAUAGAUUAAGAAUAUUAAUAUUAAUAUUUUUAUCUUUCUUUAGAGCUGUUUAUUCUUUAUAUUUAUAUUCUUAUACUCAACAUGGGAUAGUGUAUUCAGGUUUAUUUUCUUUUUUUACUGGUAUAGUACGAGAAUAUUUAUUAUUAAUGUUGCAUUGAUUACCUUUAAAUAUU